UGUCUUACGGAACGCUGCAUUGUUAAACUUGCUGUGAGGCGAUACACCAGGCUGAUGGUAUCACUCUGGACUUGGUGGCCAUCUAAACUUGCAGCCUGUCACAGCGAGAUAGACCUUGAACUAAACAGGUCAUCAUGUUGACGGUUGUGUUGAUAAUCCUGCUGACGCUGAGUUAUUGCCAUGCAAAGAACCAUGCAUGCGGCCUGCAUAAUGACCAACAAUAUGGUUUAUUUGCUGAUUGCAAAGGGAGACAAUUGCAACACAUUCCAUAUGAUCUGCCUUGUAAUAUAACCGCACUUGACAUAAGUGAAAAUAUACUAACCAGUCUGAGCAAUGGCAUAUUUCAAAAGUUCCCGAAUUUGACUUAUUUAAAUCUUAAUUCAAACUCACUCUCACAAAUCGAGUCUGGUGUGUUUAGAGGCUUGUUUAAUUUGACAGUGUUGUUACUUGCCCGAAAUAAACUCGAUGACUCCUUCCCUGAUGACAUUUUUCAUGACCUUAAGAACUUGCAUACAUUAAAUCUUGAGAAAAAUGGUAUGACGUCAUAUCCGGAUCGGGUGUUUCCUCCUCUCAUCAACCUUCACAGUCUAUAUUUAGACUCAAUUCCAGAACCCGUGUUAGGUUCCGGAUUCUCUAAACUCGCCAAUUUAAAAGUUCUUCAAAUUGACUCACGUUUUGCCUAUGGAGGAGAUUGUUCAAUAGAAAAACUUAAAAAUACAACAUUCCAGAGUUUAAAUGAAACCAGGCUUGAAGUUUUGAUCAUGAAUCAUUGUAAUGUAAAGUACUGUGAAACUGGUGUUUUGAAGCACCUAAUGUUUUUGAAACAUUUGGAACUAUGUAAUAAUGGAAUAGGAAUUCAGAAGAGUUUACACCUCCUCUAUCCCUUUGUGGGCAGGAACAUGAGUAGAAUUUGGUUUGAUGGGUCCUUUACCUUUCCAACCCAACAUAAAGGAGACAUUGAUGACCAUGUUAUUACCUCAGAGAGCACAAAGUAUUUAACACAGAUAUGUGUAUCAGAGUUAUCAUUGAGACAAAAUGGCAUAUACCUGAUUGAAACUGGUUCUGUAAAUAAAGAUCCUUUCAGGGGAUGCAUUGAAGUGCUUGAUGUGUCUAAAAACAUCAUAGUUGGUGAUGUUGGCUUUUUCGUAAUUUUGGCGGCAUUUUCACGUUUAAAGUAUUUUGAUAUCAGCUACCAGCGACAGGUAUAUGACGUACCAAGUAGAGAACUGUUAGCGUCUCCAGCAGCAGUAGCUUUACCACAAAAUCUGGUAUAUUUUGAUGCAACGGGGGUACUUAUGGGUGCUGCAAAUACUGUAUUUGAUAUAACCUUUUACAAUACGGAUAACCUGAAGACCUUUCUUUGUGGUUAUAACCAUGUAGAGAUCAAACGUGUUCAUGGUUUGGAACAUGUAGAUCAUGUUGACGUAUUAGGGAAUGACUUUGGUGCUAUAAGCUAUGAUUUUUUCCAAUCCUUCUCAAAUGUCAGAAAGCUUUCUAUGAAAAAUUGCAAUUUACAAAAUGCGAAAGAUACAUUAACAAACCCUGAUAUUUUUAGAGACCUGAAAGAAAUCGAGCAUUUGGAUCUGUCAUCAAACGCUCUCAGAAUCUUUCCAGUUAUUCCAAAUCCAGGAAAACUAAUUGAACUGAAUCUCUCUCACAAUGUUUUUGAUACUAUCCCCCUUGAAUAUGGCAGUUACACCAGCCUUGCUCUUCUGGAUAUGUCUUUCAACAUAAUAGGAGAACUAAGUAAGGAUACUAGAUCGAGUCUUGAAGUGGCUGCUGAAAGGAAUAGCAAGAUGAAGAUCAAGGUUCAAGGAAAUAUAUUUUCUUGUGGUUGUGAAAAUUUGGAUUUCAUCCUGUGGUUGAUGGUCACAACAGUAAUAUACGAGUCUGACAGAAACUUCCCUUGCAUACAGGACAACGGUACAACUACAGGAACUGUUGAUGUGGCUAGGAAUUAUCAAAGUAUACAUCGCUACUGUACAGGAAAAUUAAGCCUAAGUCUCACGGUCACGUUCAUGACUGUCUUUGUGACAUCUAUUGUCAUGACAUAUGUUGUCUCCAAGAAUCCCACAAGGUACCGCAACAUUGUCAUGAAAAUGAUGGGGUUUGGCGUUCAAUACCUAACACCGAAAGAGUUUGAAUACACCUUCUAUGUCGGAUAUUGUGAGGCUGACAUUCCUUUUGUCUAUCAAAAACUGCGACCAGCGUUGGAACUGUGUAAUUCCUCUGCACGCCUCUUUCUAAAGGAUCGGGAGGUUCUUCCAGGUGUUGUUAUCGCAGACGGUAUCAUUUGCGGUUUCACUAACAGUUGGAAGUCUGUCCUGGUGAUUUCAGAUGACUUUCUUGAAGAUCGUUCUCAGUGGUCACAAUUUACUAUUGAUGCAGCCCUGUACUCGAUGACGGACCUGAUUCCUAACCGAAUUAUUGUGCUACUUGUGGGCGCCGUGCAGAUGGAGGAUCUCCCCGAGAGUCUGCUCAAUGUGGUGGAAGAGGAGUGUAUCCUACGCGUUGAUGAUUAUCAGGAUGGGGAUGAGACUCUGUGGAAGGAGCUGAGAAAAACAGCCGGAAUUUAAAAGGAUGACAGUCUUAAGUAAGACAUGAUGAUUACAAAAACAUGCGUAUGCGUACCAGAUGCAUUCAGGUGAUAAGAUGUACACUCAUGUUCAUUAGGCUCCAAAAUAUGUCACUCUGUUAUUACUGUUGCCUUAAGAACGAAUGCACAUUUGGACUCUUGGGGAGACAAUAUUAAGUGUAUGGCGGAUUUCAGUUAUUCAUUCUGUACAACGUUGUUUAAUUCUCUCGAUAUUUUCUUCGGCUAUUGGAAAUAUAUGUCCAUCAUAUCAGAAUCUGGAACACACACUGAAUAAUUUAUAUUUGUGUUAAGAAGACAAGUUCAUGUAGUGUUUUACAUUUCGUGAGAGUAACUAUUGAAAUUUUAUUUUCCUAAAGUCAGGAAAAAAUGUUCUUGAUAUCAUUUGCUACUGUGUACAUCAUGAUCGCAUGAUCAUGUGUAAUGAAAGUGUAUGUUUUGUGGUGGAACAGGUCACUCACUCACUCUGUCUCACACUUGCAAUUAGAACACACCAGUGUAAAAAGAUGUAAUGCUAUUGUUUUUCUUGAGGAUAUUUAUGUAUGCAUAUCGAUGUGCAAUAUGUACAUUGAACAGUGUUGAACUAUAUUUAAAGAAGACAGUUAGUGCUGACAAGUUGUUUAGUCAACCUAGAUGCAUCCGUUGAUGAUGUGCAUUAAUUUGUGUCAUGUUAACAUAAAAAAAACAGGGUGGGUGAAGAAAGGAAGUUCCAACAAUGACUAAUAUAUACUAUGUCAUAUACUUUGUGGAUAAUCAAGAAGUAUAAUGGAAGUUAGAACUCUUUAAGAUUUUGUCAGAAUUUGGUGUUCGCGAAACGGUGAACGUAUUCUGGACAAACACAAUGACAUCGAACAUUUUAAAAACUUUCUAUGCUUGACUUUUGCGCGACUCCCUGGUAUCACUAUUUGAACGUGAUUCAUUAACACAUCCUCAUGACAUGGUCGGAAUCAUUCAAUGGACCACGCUGUCAGCAGAUAUUUUUCUAUGAUUACGGAAAAAGUUCUGUCGCAUGAACAUAUAACCUAUUGCUGUCCCCAUCCACUUCUUCUUUGGAAGCGACUAUUAAAUAUAAUAUAAUAUCCUGGGCAGGGAUGCCCUUUAAUAACGGUAUGGAAUAACAGUGCAAUUUAUCUAAACUUAUAAAGAAUAAACAUUAGACUUUGAGUGUACUGUCCAGAUUUUGUAAUACCAAUUGCAUUGAAUAUUUUGUCCAGAGGGAUAGUUUGUUGUGUUGCCUUAUGAAAUUCUCCUCAUUACCAUCAUCAUUACCAGUCCCUCGUUUAGUUCGAAUAGGAUUUUUGGUUUUCAUCGUGAAGAUCCGGGUAAGAAUAGAUCUUCAGCAAACCAUGCCUGUCGUAAAAGACGAAUAUGCUUGUCGUAAGAGGCGACUAACGGGAUCGUGUGGUCUUGCUCGCUGACUUGUUGCA